AUCCACCCGCUACUUUGCUGCUCGCUUCCCUCCCCCACCCCCUCGGCGAGCCUCCGCUUGCUUUACAGAUGGAUCCAGGAGAGCAAACCCACCGGCUUGCCAAUCAUCGCCCGCCGCCUCUCGACUGACGGACUCUGGAGCCAUUGAAAAAGGCUGGUCUCGCCCCUCCACACCUAUCCAGAAGGAAGGUUGGGCUGGAGCAAUCAAAGGGUGUGGCCCGUCGCGCAUGGGCGGAGUCCUGGAAUGAGCCCCACCCCUCGAGACAUUCAACUAAAGUUAAAAAAAAAACUAGGGGCGAAAGCGAGGACUUGCCUAACCCUUGAAGUUCACCAAUCAAAGUCGGAGGCGUAGCCAAAUUCUUCCAACUGGCAAGCAGAAUCGAACAGACACCGUUGCCGGGGAGGGCUGGACAAGGUUCUCCUCCACUCAGAUUUUUCACCGGGAGGCGUGUCCAGACUCUUCCAAUGGGGGAAGAAGGCGUGUCCCGGCUUCCCUCCAAUAGGAGCGCGAGGUUGGUAAUUCAAACUGACAGCCGGUAGGAAAAGGCAAAGGAGGAGAGUGAAAACGGCGUGUCCGGUGACAGGAGCCCCGCGAGGACUGAGCCGAACCGACCUGCCCUGCCCCGCCCCGCCCCGCUCCCUCCAGGGCGCGCGCCGGCGCCUGCGCGCCUGACCGGUCCAGUUCGAGGGGGAGAGAGCGAGCUGAGGGAAGGGGCCGUCGAGGAAGACAGGGCAGAGCUGAGGAGAGGGAACCUCAAGGGAGAGAGAGCUGGGGGGGCAGCUAUCCAGGGAGAGAGAGAGAGUGCUGAGGGGGAUCAUCCAGGAAGAUAGAGCAAGGUCAGAGCAAAGGCGUCGAAGCCGAGAGAGGGCCGUCAGAGGCUGCAUCCAGGAGGAGAGGGCGAGAUUAGAGGAGAGGCGUUACAGGAGGGAGAGGGAGCUCAGGGGUGCCAUCCAGGAGCGAGAGAGAGCCCAGCAGCGGUGCUCCAGAAGAGACAGGGAACUACGGGUGGACGCCCCGGUGGUGAGGGAGAGGCUCGAGACCAGGUACCCAACGCGACAGAGGAUCGUACCGGUGGACGCCCCGAUAGUGAGGGAGAGGGCAGAGCCGAGACACCCGCAGAGAGACAGGUUGCUGAGCAGCUUAGUGCAGGAGGAUUGGGUGAGAAGCGAAGACAGGGUCCCAGACAGGCCGAAAGAGGUCAGGUUCGUUCAGGGAGAGAGGGAGCCCCCCGGCAGAGAGAGGAACCUCAGGGGCUUCCUCCACGAAGACCGCGAGCGAGACGACAAUAGGCUCGCCAGGGCCAGGGAGAGUGUGCUGAGAAGUGCCGCCCAGGACGACAGGGACCUCUGGGGCCUCCUCUACGAAGAACGGGAGAGGGCCGAGGACAGGCUCGCCAGGGCCAGGGAGAGUGUGCUGAGAAGCGCCGUCCAGGAAGGCAGGAAGCGAGAUGACGCCCAGCCAUUAAGGAGGGCGUGGGUCUGGGACUCUAGGGGGAGUGCCCAGAGGGAGAGAGAGCAGAUCGAAAGCCGGCAGUCCAGAGAGGUCGACCUGAGGGACGUCGUCCAGGAAGAGAGGGAGAGGUCUGAGAGGAGGCUGACCCAGAGAGAGAGAGAUCUGAGGGUGGUCAUCCAGAGGCAACCCCCCCCAGUGCAGGGGAGUUGUGUAGGGAGGGAGCGAGAGCUGAGGGGGUCCAUCCAGAGGGACUCGGAGAGAGCCGAGAGGAGGAGUAUAAGGAGCGAGAGAGAGCUGAGGGAGAGCAUUCAGGGAGAAAGGAGGGAAGAGGCCAGAGAGAGAAAAAGAUCAAGUCAGGGUCUCCUGCUGAGGGCGAGAGAGAACGCCGAGAGGCGCCUCCAUCUAGCGAGUCACCCCGCCAGGGGAGCAACUCUGCCCGAGGGAGAAAGUUUCAGUGCCCUCCAGGGAAGGAGACAGAGGCCUGCAGAGAGAAAGAAAGAGUAUUGAAAGGUAUCUCCUGGAAGGGAGAGGAAGUUCUCAGUAGGACCGUCAGGGAGAGAGUGAGCUCUCUGAGACAGCACUUGAGAAAAAUUGUGUUGAAGAAUUCCUCUAGAGAGAGGCAGACAGUUCUAGACAGGGGAAGAACUAGAUUUGGGGGCAGAGGAGAGAAUACCCAGAGAAAACUGGGACGGAACGGUCACCCUUCAGGGAAAGAGAACUGAGAGUAAAUAGUGCUGAAAAGAGGAGUCCACAAGAAAUUUAGGGGAGAAUAUCCCUGGGAGAAAGUGAUCAGAAAGCCCUGGGCAAAACUGGGGGAAGCAAAGGCUUUAAGAAAACAGGAUAUGAGGAAGCCUGAGAGGAGAAAGUUUUAGAGAUAAAAGUGUAGAAGAGAAAUCUGAGAAAAAGAUAAUUAUUGAGGCAAAAGUUAAAAAGGAAAGUUUCCAUUAAGAUAGGAGGGGGGGGAACAGCUAAGAAAAAAAAGUACUGACAAUUCAGCAGCUCAUCUCCCCCCCACACUCAACUCCCCCAGCAGUUAAGGGGAAAAGAAAGUUUACCCCCUCCCUGCCUCCUACCACAGAGAAAAGAACUACCUGUAUCUUUCCUCAGUCUGGGCAAAAGGUCUAAUUUCUUGCUUAGUCCUAAGGCUUUACUUCCAGUCUUCCAGUUUGGGGUUCCUGGACUGGACAGGGCAGAGGCUCUGCUUCCUUUUUCAAAACGCUCUUUCCUAAUCCUCUCUGAGUCAUUAUGUCUACCAGCAAUUAUAGCUUCAAGAACCGGUGUGUAUCUAUCCUGUGCUGCAAAUUCUGUAAGCAAGUGAUCAGCUCUAGGGGGAUGAAGGCUGUCUUGCUGGCAGACACUGAGAUAGACCUUUAUUCUACAGACAUUCCUCCAACCAAUGCUGUGGACUUCAUUGGAACCUGUUAUUUUACUGAAAUCUGCCAAUGCAAACUGAAGGACAUUGCCUGUUUAAAAUGUGGGAACAUUGUAGGUUACCAUGUGAUCGUUCCAUGCAAACCCUGCCUUCUUUCCUGCAACAACGGGCAUUUCUGGAUGUUUCAUAGUCAGGCCGUUUUUGGUAUCAACCGGUUAGACUCCACUGGUGUAAAUCUCCUACUUUGGGGCAACUUGCCAGAGGCAGAAGAAAGUACAGAUGAAGAUGCAUUAGACAUUUCUGAGGAGGAAUGUAUUAGAUGAAUGGAAACAAGAAUGUGUAUAUUGUAUUAGAACUCUCUUUUUUCUAUUUAAGAAAACGCAAAACCAAAUAUAUUAAUGAAUGAACUUUAAAAACUGUAAAGAAACAGACCAGAGGAUUUGUUGACAGGUUUUUCAGGAAGAAAAGAUUAUAUACUCAUUGAUUUACUCAACAACCACCUUAGUUUGAUUUGUUUCUGUAUAACUACCAGUAGUUCAUUUGGAUUUUUUCAUACUGGUACAUUCUUAAAUUCAGGUAGGAGAUGGAUCUCAAUCUCCUUCAAAUGUCAUUUUGCUCUCUCAUCUCCUAAUCUAAGGAAAUUUUGCUUCUCUCUUGAUGCCAAAUAAUUUUAAUUUUAAAUUGCGAGGACAAGUGCAAUGGUACUGACAGAUAAUCCAAGUCUUACUGAGUCUUAACAGAUGAUAAUAAAGCAAGCUGUCAGGGUUUCAUAGGUAUUAACUAUCACAUUUUCUUUUAGUGAAAAAUGUCUCUGCUCUAGUGCAAGAAUCCUUAUGAAUUGGCAAGUAAAGUAAAUGAAAAUUUGCCCCAUGUGGUAACAUUCUCAGGAAGAAUAAUCCUGAUUCCUUGCCAAGAAAGUCCAUUAAAUGGGUUUGUUUAAGGGAUUUCAAUACCUACUGUUUUCAAAUGUUGCAUAUCCUGCUUCAUCAGAAGCCAUUACAAAUAUUGGUUUAUGACUGCUUCUGUCCAUUUCUUUCCCUUUCCCGUGCCUUCUUCUAUAAAUGAUCAAUUUCAAUUUCAGUUUCUAGGUGAAUAGUUUUACCCCUCAAGUCACACAAAAAAGGUAAAACUAAGGAGUGAUUUGCCUAUCCCUUAAUAAGUUGCACAAGUUUAUUCCAUGCAAAGAAGCAAUUUUUAGAGCCAUUUAAGCCUAAAAAGUCAGGAAACUUUUGGAUUCUUAUCAUAUGUAAAGUUAAUGUUUGUCAUAGUUUUGUAAAUAUCUCUCUGGGAAGCUUUAAAAUGUUUUAUUGAUGCCUUUUGUUAUUUUAUCACAAUCAUUUUCAGGUAUCUACCCUACCAUGAUGCAGUGAGCCCCUCAUUAUAAUAAAGAAAAACAGUUAAGCAAUAUAACUUAAACACUGUGUCUGACAGUAUAUGCCAUAUUCCACACCCCUAGUCCCUCUCCCUUCCUCUCUACUGAAAGAAAGGCAUUGCCCUUCUUCUUCUCUUCUUUGGAGCCAACAUUUGUCAUUACAAUUACUCAGGAUUCACCUUGAUUUUAAUGUUCUUUUUCCCUUUAUUGUUUAUAUUAUCAUACCUGCUGUGUAUAUUGUUUUCCUGGUUCUACUUACUUCAGUCUGCAUCAGUUCAUGCAAGUUUUCCAUGGGAGGCAUUUUGGCAAUUGUAAUUCCAAGACAGACUGAAUUACGGAUUUACAAAUAAAUACAGUUCUAUUGUUGU